AUGACAACGGCAAUAGCGUCGGGAAUGAGCGUGCCAGGCUCAUUCUUGCCUUCUGACAAUGAAUCCACCUCUUCUUUCCACUGUGUGCCUUUCAAGUCGUCAUUAUUCCUGCCUCCUGCGAAAGAUAGCCCAUCAUCAGCUUCGUCUUUGACCACUUCCAGACCAGCGCAGUCGAUCUCAAAAUCACAUGCCGCUCUGUCAACACAGUCCCGCAAGCGUCCCAGGGUAGAGCCGAAGGAUGAGGAAUUUCAAACACCUCACAACCGUUCAUACAACCAUAACAACGACAACAGCAUCGACGCACCAAGUCCUUCACCAUUCGUCAACACAGAUUACCGCUUCGCUGGUGGUGUUGAAGCACCAGCCGAUCUGAACAGUCAGAGAGCCGAUUAUGAACGUGAAUAUGAAUACGAACAUGAUUGCAGACCAAACAGAUACACCUCACAGCAGGUCUUAUCGCGACAGCCAUCAGGCCCUCGUUUCCCACACACGCCGUCCUCCGCACAGGCUAAACGUCGUUUGUCCCAAUCACCUAAAGGCGGCUGGGGAAAGACUGUCUGGGCACUUACCGGUAACGUAGCUGGCAAAGUUUUCAACUUCUGUUGGCAGAGUGCUACAUCCUUCAAGGGAUUCUACGCCGGUGGUGGUAACGGCUAUCAUUUUGACACUGGAAAACCUGGUGUCGCAACUCACGGAUGGCUGGAUGUUGAUUCUAAAGAGGAUGUCUUUCAUACAGACUAUUCUGUGCCAAGAGGCUGUCGAGAGAGAGAAUCGACACCAGUCCCAGGUGAAUUUCCUGCCGAACCAUCAGAAUUCAUCGAGGACUAUAUGUCACAACCUUGGAGAUAUGGCAGCGAUAACGAUUACACCCCGACAGCUCGCCCUAUUCUACCAGCCUCACGAAGCAGCUGGGUGGUGGUAGAUGGGCCGUCGAUGAGUUCAAGAGACACAAGCCCUGUACGUAAGAAGUCACGGGCAAGUGUAGCACCUCUGUCAAACUCCGCAAGACCCUCCCCUCGAAACAUCGGCGGCAACAGCUCAGGCACCACUCGCCCACGCCUUACCUCACGGUCAUCCACUAACAAGUCUGCUGCCUCCAUUGCUUCACCUCGUGCAUCCUUGGCUAGUGGGCAACUGGGUCCUAGUCACGCACAGUCUCGACAAUCCCUACUGACAUCACCUGAUAAUUUUCAAAGUACUGCCAGAAGACAGAGCAGCCGAGCGUCUUUAGCAUCAUCACGUCGACAAUCCUCUCAUUUGAUGGCCACAGCAACGUCAAACAACCAAUCAUCACCAGAAGUCCGCAAGUUCGAGCAAAAGCUGCGUCGUAAAGAAGCUAAGGAGGACGAAAGCAUCCGACGUCUGAACGAACAGUUGAAAGCUAUGAUCCAGGAAGGAAAGCAGGCGUUGAGUAGUAAAAUCGAAGUUGUGGAUGGCAGUGAUGAAGACAUCGAUUGCGAUGAAGGCUUUGUGGAUGGAGAUGAAGCAUGGGAAAGAGAUUAUGUUCGCCCGCACAUAUGGUCCUGA